AUGCCGAAUUCCCUCACUGGUGGCCAGGUCCCCCACCCCACACUGGACUCGGUUGACCUGGUGGACCGGAGUGUGAGAAAUGCAGGAACCUCCAGUUCUGCCCCAGGCCUGGAAAAGCGGGGCACAGACCUUUGGGCCCUUCUUCAGGUGAAGGACAUUGGCCAGUCCUGGAAAGAGCUCAGCAUGGCUGGCUGGGUGGUCAUCAGCUUCCUCAAAGCCUGGGGGCUCCUGGGAAGCCUCUACUUCUUCAUCUGCUCCCUGGACACCCUCAGCUCUGCCUUCCAGCUGCUGGGCAGCAAAAUGACUGGAAACAUCUUCAAGGACAACGUGGUGCUGUCCAACCCCGUGGCUGGACUGGUCAUUGGUGUACUGGUCACAGUCCUUGUGCAGAGCUCUAGCACAUCCUCCUCCAUCGUAGUCAGUAUGGUGGCCUCCAAGUUGCUGACAGUCCAGGCGUCUGUGCCCAUUAUCAUGGGUGUCAACGUGGGCACGUCCAUCACCAGCACCCUGGUCUCAAUGGCACAGUCGGGAGACCGGGACGAGUUUCAGAGGGCCUUCAGCGGCUCGGCUGUUCAUGGCAUCUUCAACUGGCUUACGGUGCUGAUCUUGCUGCCGCUGGAGAGUGCGACAGCCAUGCUGCAGAGGCUCAGCGAGCUGGCCCUGGGCGCCACGAGCCUGCAGCCCGGGGUGCAGGCACCGGACAUCCUCAAGGUGUUGACAAAGCCACUCACACACCUCAUCGUGCAGCUGGACACCAACGUGAUUAUGGGAAGCGCCACAGGCAACGCCACCAAUAGCACUCUCAUUAAGCGAUGGUGCGGCACCAAGGGGGAGACGACCGAGGGGAGCAGCGGCAAAUGCGGAGCCUUCGACCCCUGCACCGAGAGGAACGGAACGGCCCCCGCGGACAGGCAGCCCUGCCGCCACCUGUUGGCGGGCACCGCGCUCACGGACCUGGCGGCGGGCUGCGUGCUGCUGGCCGGCUCCCUGCUCGUGCUCUGCGCCUGCCUGGUCCUCGUCGUCAAGCUGCUCAACUCGGUGCUGCGCGGCAGCAUCGCGCAGGCCGUGAGGACGGCCCUCAACGCAGACUUCCCCUUCCCCUUCGGCUGGCUCAGCGGCUACCUGGCCAUCCUCGUGGGCGCCGGCCUGACCUUCGUGCUCCAGAGCAGCAGCGUCUUCACGGCAGCGGUCGUGCCGCUCAUGGGGGUCGGGGUGAUCAGCCUGGAACGGGCGUACCCCCUCUUCCUGGGCUCCAACAUCGGCACCACCACCACGGCCCUGCUAGCCGCCCUGGCCAGCCCCUCCGACAUGCUGCUCUACGCGGUUCAGGUUGCCCUCAUCCACUUCUUCUUCAACCUGACUGGCAUACUGCUGUGGUACGUGGUGCCCAUCCUGCGGCUGCCCAUCCCCCUGGCCCAGCGCUUUGGUAAACUGACUGCCCGCUACCGCUGGGUUGCUAUUGCUUACCUGUUGCUCAGCUUCCUGCUGCUGCCCCUGGCGGCUUUCGGACUCUCCCUGGCAGGGGACAGGGUGCUGGCCUCCGUUGGGGGUCCUCUGGUGGGGCUAGUGAUCCUCGUGGUCCUGGUCAACGUCCUGCAGCGGCACCGGCCAGCCUGGCUGCCCCGCAGCCUGCGGUCCUGGGCCUGGCUCCCCCUGUGGCUCCAUUCUCUGGAGCCCUGGGACCGCCUAGUGACCUACUGCAGCCCCUGCAGCUCCGCUCAGACCACUACCAAAGAGGCCCACUGUUACGAUAACCCUGAGGUCCUGGCCUCCCAGCAGUUGUGA